CCGGCUGAUAAGUCAGAGCUGCUUUGUUUACAUCCUACUCUUCAGCCUCUCCUCCUGUCAUCCUCUUCCCCUCCGCUCGAUUUUUGGACAGAGGGGGAAGCCGAGCAGCCGCCUCCGACGGGCGAAAAGGUCAAAGGAAGACGCGAUGGAGAAGCCAGGGACGCCGUCCUCCGAGCAGAGCGACAAGGCCAAGAAAUACGACCGACAGUUGAGGUUAUGGGGCGAUCAUGGGCAAUCUUCUCUUGAGUGUGCCCAUGUUUGUUUGAUCAGUGCCAGUGCAGUCGGAACAGAAACAUUGAAGUCAUUAGUGUUACCUGGAAUUGGAGCCAUUACUAUCAUUGAUGAUGCAAAAGUUAGCCCUAAGGAUAUUGGAAAUAAUUUCUUUGUAGAUGGUGACAGCGUAGGUCGGCCUCGUGGUGAGGUGGCACUCCAGCUUCUACUGGAACUCAACCCCGAUGUGCGAGGGACGUUCGUAGAUCAACCGCUGCAGGAGAUUCUGGAUAACCAGCCAGAUUUCUUUUCACCGUUUUCAGUUGUCAUAGCAACAUGUCUACCGGAAAGUACACUCUUGGCACUGUCCAAAGUUUUAUGGGAAGCCAGCGUGCCUUUAGUAAUCGUUCGGAGUUACGGAAUGAUAGGCUAUUCAUUCGAGAAACAUACCGUUGUGGAAAGUCACCCAGACAACGAAAUGCCAGAUUUAAGACUCGACAGACCUUUCCCAGCAUUGCAGAAGUACAUGGAUAGCCUCGACCUCGAUUCAAUGGACUACAAAGACCACUCACACGUGCCUUACGUCGUCAUUCUGUACAAACACCUUCAACAGUGGAAUGCCGAACAUGGAGAGCCACCCAAAAAUUACAGGGAAAAGAAGGCUUUCAUAGAACUCAUCAAGAAAGGAAUGAGAGAGAAAGAGAACAAUGAAACCGGAAAUUACGAAGAGGCUUGCAAGGCAGUCAACACCUCACGCGUACCCACGACCAUUCCUCACGGGAUACAAUCCAUUUUAAAUGAAGCAGCUCGAUCACGCCGAGCCCCACCACAAAACCCUUCUAGGCUCAUGGCGAGAGCGCACGAAUUCGUUUCCUCAGAGGGUCGGGGCGUUCUCCCAGUAAGGGGCACCAUUCCAGAUAUGACUGCCGAUUCUGAAAAAUAUAUAAAAAUCGUGGAUCUAUAUCGUGAACAAGCAGCCCUGGAUGCUGACUGGGUGUGGAGAAGAGUUCAAGAACUCAGUCAGCAGUUAGGACCUCGUAAAGUCAUGACGACGGAGAUCGACGUCAAAUCAUUUUGUAAAAAUUCACACGGACUCAGAGUCGUCAAAGGGAAAGCUGUGGCGGACGAAUAUAAAGGCUGCAUCAACAUGGGAGACAUAGGUGCGCAGUUAGACAACCCAGAAAGUGAGUUAGUUUGGUAUGUGAUGCUCAGAGCUGUUGACCAGUUCCAUUCUGAGUUUCGGGCAUAUCCAGGAUAUUUUAAUGAUCAAGUGGAGACUGAUAUUGUACGACUAAAGGUAUGCGUCAAUAGGCUUCUAGCUGACUGGGGCUGUGGACCCAUUAUAAAAGACGACUUCAUACACGAGAUGUGUCGGUACGGCGCAGCCGAGGUCCACUCUGUAGCUGCGUACAUUGGCGGCUGUGCAGCGCACGAAGUAAUCAAGCUAGUGACAGGGCAGUACGUACCGAUCAAUAAUACUCACAUUUAUAACGCCAUUACUGCAACAUCGGCAACAUUCACCCUGUGAUCUGAUUCCUUAGCCAUUUGCUAAAUGUUCUUGAUGUAAGACUUAAGUUAUUUUUCAGUCUCUAAAAUAUCAUUCAUCAUGUAACAGUGGUAUAUUGUUCUGUAAAGCAUUGCCUAUUGUACAACAUGCCUGACAAGCUGAAGAAUUCAGUAUAUCACCUCACUUUGCAACGUAAGUGGCUAAAUACUUUAUCUUGACAUAGAUUUCCAGAUUUAUAAUAAACAAGUAGGACUUAAGAUUUGUCGUAAGUUUCCCGUUAUACUUCCUGGAGGUUGUGAGGCUUUGUCACAACCUGUUGCUUUCAGACUUAUCUAGGAUUUUUUGGAUAUUUAUUCAGUUGUGUAUGGAUUUGUUUUUUUCCUCUCUUUUUGUGAAUACAGCAUUUCUUGUUUCAGAUUUUAUAAUAAAAACCAAUUCUUGUU